AUGGCUCCUAAACCCAAAAUCGUCCUUGUUGGAUCUGGUAUGAUCGGAGGUGUGAUGGCUACCCUCAUUGUACAGAAGAACUUAGGUGAUGUUGUUAUGUUUGAUGUUGUGAAGAACAUGCCCCAAGGAAAAGCAUUAGAUACGUCACACUCUAAUGUGAUGGCGUAUUCGAAUUGCAAAGUGACAGGAUCGAAUUCAUAUGAGGAUUUGAAGGGAGCCGACUUGGUAAUUGUAACUGCUGGUUUUACUAAAGCACCAGGGAAGAGUGACAAGGAAUGGAACCGAGAUGAUCUACUACCACUUAAUAACAAAAUCAUGAUUGAAAUUGGAGGACAUAUAAAGAAUCUCUGUCCUAAUGCCUUCAUCAUAGUCGUGACCAACCCUGUGGAUGUAAUGGUGCAGUUACUCUUUGAGCAUUCCGGAGUACCAAAAAAUAAGAUCAUUGGGUUAGGUGGAGUUUUAGAUACAUCUAGGUUGAAGUACUACCUUUCGCAAAAAUUGAAUGUCUGCCCAAGAGAUGUUAAUGCACUCAUUGUCGGUGCACAUGGAAAUAAAAUGGUGCUUCUAAAAAGGUACAUCACUGUUGGAGGUAUUCCACUGCAAGAAUUUAUUAAUAACAAAAAAAUUACUGAUGAAGAAGUAGAGGCCAUAUUUAAUAGAACAAUCAACACUGCUUUGGAGAUCGUGAACCUGCUUGCUUCUCCCUAUGUUGCCCCUGCUGCUGCUAUUAUCGAAAUGGCGGAGUCGUAUUUAAAAGAUAUAAAAAAGGUCCUUGUGUGUUCCACUUUACUGGAGGGACAAUAUGGUCAUAGCAAUAUCUUUGGUGGUACUCCUCUCGUUAUCGGAGGCACCGGAGUUGAGCAGGUCAUCGAGUUGCAACUCAAUGCAGAGGAGAAAGCCAAGUUUGAUGAAGCUGUAGCGGAGACCAAAAGAAUGAAGGCGCUCGUUUAA